AUGACCAAGAAUCCCCCCGCCCUUCGCCAGAAGCAGCCCGAGUUCCCGUCCAGUCACAACAUGCAGCCUCCUGCCGUGCCCACCACCAGCGCCUGGGAAGCCGCUGAGCAGUGCGCUUGGCCCGCCGCCGCUGGCACCUUCCUCGAGCCCACCCAGGGCGAGACGCUGUUCGGCUCGUCUUUGUUCUCCCGCAGCGUCGCUGCCGCAGCGCCAGCGGUGCCGCCCAAGCUGCCCGAGACGCCUCGUCCCGCCGUCGCUACUCCCAAGUACCAGACCGCCAGCGCACGUCGCACCGUGAAGCCCGAGGACUACACCCAGCCAUUCUGUGACUUCCUGACGGACAACCCAACUGUGUUCCACGCGGUCGAUGCCGUAGCGGAGGAUCUGAAGGCGCAAGGGUACAAGAAGCUGUCGGAGCGUGAUGUGUGGAAACUGGAUGCCGGCGGCAAGUACUUCGUCGAGCGCAACGGCUCGUCGCUGAUCGCCUUCGCGGUCGGCGAGGCUUACGAGCCCGGCAACGGCGCCGCCAUCCUGGCUGGCCACAUCGACGCCCUGACGGCGAAGCUCAAGCCCAUCCCCAAGCUCCGCACAAAGGCUGGCUACGAGCAGCUUGGCGUGGCGCCCUACGCCGGCGCGCUGAACAGCACGUGGUGGGACAGGGACCUUGGCAUUGGUGGAAGGGUGCUGGUGAAGGACGAGAGUGGAAAGAUUGCGAGCAAGCUGGUGAAGCUCGAUUGGCCAAUUGCCCGCAUUCCCACACUCGCCCCGCACUUUGGCGCGGCGGCGCAAGGCCCCUUCAAUAAGGAGACGCAGAUGGUGCCCAUCAUCGGCCUGGACAACAGCGACGUCCUUGGACAGCAGAAGGACGAGGAUGGUGCCGAAUUCAAGCCCGCCCUGUUGGGCGGCCAGGGCACGUUCACGUCGACGCAGCCGGAGCGCCUGGUCAAGGUCAUUGCCAAGGAGCUCGGCAUCACCGACUACAGCAGCAUUGUCAACUGGGAGCUCGAGCUGUUCGACACGCAGCCCGCCCAGGUCGGCGGAAUCGACAAGGAGUUCAUCUUCGCGGGCCGUGUCGACGACAAGCUGUGCUCGUGGGCCGCCGUCCAGGCUCUGCUGAACAGCACCUCGGCCGACACGUCCGCCACGGACACGUCGUCCUCGUCCAUUAUCAAGGUCGUUGGCCUCUUCGACGACGAGGAGAUUGGCAGUCUCCUCCGCCAGGGCGCGCGCGGCAACUUCCUACCGUCCGUCAUCAACCGCGUCAUCGACAGUUUCGCGGGCUUCCCGACGCCUUCGCUGCUCUCGCAGACCUUUGCCAACUCCUUCAUCGUCUCGUCGGACGUCAUCCACGCCGUCAACCCCAACUUCCUCAACGCCUACCUCGAGAACCACUCGCCGCGCCUCAACGUCGGCCUCGUCGUCAGCGCCGACUCCAACGGCCACAUGACGACCGACGCCGUCAGCACCGCCCUGCUGCAGCGCGUCGCCGACAAGACCGGCCAGCGCCUCCAGGUCUUCCAGAUCCGCAACGAUUCGCGCUCCGGCGGCACCGUGGGGCCCAUGAUGAGCGCCGCCACCGGCAUCCGCGCCAUCGACGCCGGCAUCCCUCAGCUGAGCAUGCACAGCAUCCGCGCCACCACCGGCAGCCUCGACCCCGGUCUGGGCGUCGCCAUCUUCCAAGGCUUUUUGGACCAUUAUGAGGCUGUUGAUCAGGAGUUCAGGGACACGGUCUGA